UUGACGUGACAAUCUGUCAAAUUGUUCACUAGAGUAAAUGUUAUGAAUCCUUUUAAGUAUAUUAAUGUUACGAGUUAUAGUUGUUAUUAUUAAAUGAAAAACGUAUUCGUUGCGUUUUUUAAAUACCUUUUUAACAUUAUAAAUAUACAAUUUGUUUGUCAUUAAUAUUAUAAAGUCGAAUUUAAGUUUUUUGGUUUAGUUUGAGAAUCUUUAAUUAUCGAUUGAAUAAUGCCUUUUACGGCAGACGCUAUUGCCGCUCAACAAGUACAAGAACGCUUACGAGCUUUAUAUCAAUUGAUUCACGAAAUUGAAAAGAAAAGAACCCAAUGCGAACAAGGCAUUGUGACUCUUCAAAAUUAUACGCAAGAAGAUAAAGGCGGACAAAGCUCACAAAAAUUGAAGAAUUUAUAUAAGACUGCAAUAGCUCAAACCGAACUUGAAGAAGAAAUAAUUCGUAAAGCGCUACAAAAAAUUACUGAAAUUAGAAAUAUAAAAAAUGAGAGAAGAAUUCAAUCUAGAAUUUCGUCUAAUAAGGAAUCCAUGAGAAAAGGGAUAUGGAUGAAAAUGUUAUAUAGUUCAGCACAAACAUUACCACUUUAUGUUGGAAAAAUAGGUGAAAAACCGCCUCCGUUAUGCGGAGCUAUACCAGCAGAUCCAAGUUAUAUUGCAAAGGUUGGAGAUAUGGUGGCAGCUUUGGUAAUAGAUUCUUCCGAAGGCGAAAAUUGGAUAGUAGCAGAAGUAGUUUCUUUCAAUCACAGCACGAAUAAAUACGAAAUCGACGAUAUUUUAAAAGAACAGAACCAAAAAGGUAGACAUACGUUGAGCAAACGUAGAGUUAUACCUUUACCAUUGAUGAGAGCUAAUCCGGAAACCGAUCCUCAGGCUCUUUUUCCUCAAGGAACGUUAGUAAUGGCGUUAUUCCCUCAAACGACUUGUUUUUAUCAAGCUUUGGUGAAUAAACCGCCGGCUACGCACAUGGACGAAUACGAAUUAUUAUUUGAAGAUCCUAAUUAUACCGAGGGUUACAGUCCGCCGCAUUCUGUGGUGCAACGUUACGUUAUCGCUUGUAAGCAGAAGAACAAACAAAGCGGACAAAGUAGUUGACAGUCUGCUACCGAUAGUGACGCGUCAAGUAAUGGAGAGAUGAUGGAUACAGCUGAUGUUACAUUAAAAUGAAAGUUUAUUUAUUUUUUUUUUUUUCAAUAAAAAAUAAAAUGUUUUCAUCAA